CUUGACUCGCGGUAUAACUUGUCUCGCGGUAUUUCGUUGUGCGCCACCUAGCCGAUGUUUACAUUGUCUACAAGCUGACCUACUUUCAGUUUUCAUUGAAGUAGUAUUUUCUGGUUGAAAAUGAGUGGAAUACUGAAAUUGAAACAAUGCAGAGACAAGAAGCCAUAUGAAAGAAAUAAUCUGCAAAGGGCAUAUGCUGCUACAUUGUCCGGGAUGUCUGUGUAUCGUGCAGCAAGGGUGUAUCAGGUGCCUGAAUCAACACUGAGGGACAGAACCAGACAAAAUGUGGCGGUCGACUGUCAUCAUGGGGCAAACACACUAUUUACAACAGAUGAAGAAAGGAAAUUGGUUGACCAUAUUGUAUACAUGGCAGACAUUGGGUAUGGCUACUCUCUAAUGGACAUCCAGUACAUGGCAUAGAACUAUGCAAUGUCUCUUCACAAGCCUGUUAAGGCAAAAGAACAUCUUAGCCAGGGCUGGAUGUAUUCUUUUCUCUCCAGGUGGGAAGAGCUAAAAGUCGUUAAGCCCCAAUGUCUCUCUCUAUCAAGGGCUAAGUCUGCAUCCAAGGAAAACAUUGACAAGUACUUCCAAGAGUUAAAUUCUAUUCUCACUGAACAUGAUCCGAAGCAAUCUCCACAAAGAAUUUUUAACAUUGAUGAGUCUGGAUUCUCAACUGAACAUAAACCACCCAAAAUAGUAUGCGGCAACCUGACCAAACCUCAAGCAGUAACAUCAGCCCGAACGAAGACAGUCACUGUCAUUGGGGCUGCGAAUGCUCUUGGCAACCACAUACCACCCUUUUACAUUUUCCCAGGGAAAAGGUGGUGUGAUGAAUUGCUAGAAGGUGCUGCCCCUGGAUCACAUGGAGGCAUGACUGAAAGUGGGUUUGUGAAUAGGGACCUAUUUGAAAGAUACCUGAAAGGUCAUUUCACCAACCAUGCAGGACUGGUAAAGGGCACAGACAAGCCAACAACAUUGAUCCUGUAUGACGGUCACAAAUCUCAUGUGUCACUGACUUUGACUGAUUGGGCUAAGGAACAUUCAGUGGUAUUGUUUGUAUUACCACCCCAUUCUAGCCAUCUCACCCAGCCCCUUGAUAUUGGUGUGUUUGGACCUAUGAAACACCAUUACAAUAACGAGUGCAAAUCAUACAUGCAUGCUAACCAAGGGGUGUCAAUCACAAGAUAUGAAGUGGCUCGGCUGACUGCAAGACCAUACGGUAAAGCUUUUUCCCCAGACAACAUAACAAGUGCCUUCAGAAAGGCUGGUAUUUACCCCUUCAAUCCCGAUGUGAUCACAUCAACAGCUACAGCACCAUCAUCCAUCUACAAACAUCCACCAGAAAUGCUUAGAGAUGAUGCCGAAAGUACAAGUGCUGCAAACUCAGACAACCAGGCCAAAACAUCAACUUGUAAAAUUAGUCGAAACUUCUUUGAGGAGAGAACAAUAACAAAAAAUGUGACUGUAAAACCAAGAAAAAAAUUCACACCACCAUAUAAAUUACAAGGAAGUCUCAUGUCUGAUAAAAACAUGGAACAAAUAAAACUCCAACAUCAAAAGAAAAUUCAGCUGGAAGAAAACGCGAAGAAAAAUGAGAAAAUAUCUAAAUCAAAGCAACCAAAUAAUCAAACAAUAUGUAAAUCCCCAAAAGCAACAACAUCUGGACUGCAAAUCAACCGGGUCAACCAGCAUGGAACAGGUGCUGAAUCUGAAACUGAUGGUGAUGAGGAGGAGGAUCUAUCGGAUCUAUGCUGUGUAUGUUCCAGGUCGUCCCCUCCACAGCUGAAGGACAUACACACACUGGUCAUAAUUAAAUGGGGGCAGUGUGACAAAUGCCAACACUGGGUCCACUUGACAUACUGCUGUGAUGUGAGGGUCCUGAGAAGAGACAGCACAUUUUUGUGCAUUCACUGUUGUUCUGCUGAAGAAUGAAUGACAACACUGUUUACUCAAAUAAAACAAUAAAAUAUAUGAAUAAACUUGAAAAACUAUAACAUUUCAACAAUAAUAUCCCUUUGCAAUAAAUUUGGUAAUGAUUUUGAAAAUUCAGUGUAAAAUAACCUCAAUUAUGUAAGGGUAAACAUGUUUGACCUAAUUACCGCGACUCAAGUGAUGUUAUAAACUAGGACUAAAAUGGCCGAUAGCCAUUCGUAUUUUUCAGCGUUGUUUCGUUUUCUUUGUUAAUUUUAUACUAGUUUUAUCAUUUCUGAUAAAUAUUAUGAUGGGAUUAAAUGAAAAAUAUUUCAUUUGAUUGGUAAGUUGUGUUUGGAUGUUUUAUUUCCGAGAAUACGAUUAAGUACCGCGACUCAACAGAUGUAC